AUAAAAAGUUCGUGUUGUGAGUGGAUCGGUUGAUCCAUCAGUCUGUGUUUGUGACUACGUGCGUGUGUAAUUAUAUUUCGGUAACAAAAAUGGUAAAAGAAGUAAAACCAUUGGGAAGUCCUUGUGGCAAAUUAAUAUCCACAAGGUAUAUACUUGCCAUUUUGGGAUCUGUGGGACUCGGAAUAAUCUAUGGGUUAAAAGUGAAUUUGCACGUUGCUAUCGUCAGUAUGAUUAAACCCGUCAAUUUGACAGCUCUCGAAGACGUCAGUACCAAUUGGACUAAAUUAAUAGAUGAAGAAACAUGUGAAGGAGAUACCGCAACGAACGCCACAACUCAAAUAGUAGAGAGCGGUCCAUUUGAAUGGUCGAAAUCGACACAGGGUAUUUUGCUCAGCGCUUAUUUUUGGGGUUACAUAGUUGCUCAAUUACCAGGUGGACGGAUAGCGGAGCUCUUCAGCGCUAAAUGGGUAAUGUUUUUCUCAGUUGCCAUUAACGCGGUUUGCACUCUCCUAUCUCCUGUAAUGGCAAAUUGGCACGUCGCCGCUUUAAUAGUUAUGAGAGUAGGUGAAGGUAUCGGAGGAGGAGUGACUUUUCCUUCUAUGCACGUCAUGUUGGCCCAUUGGGCUCCUCCUAACGAACGAAGCGUUAUGAGUAGUAUUGUUUACGCCGGUACCGCACUAGGGACAGUUAUAUUCAUGUUAGUUUCUGGAAUAAUAGCGGGCAAUAUUGGUUGGGAAGCCGUAUUUUACAUCGAAGGAGGUAUCAGUAUUCUUUGGUUGCUUUUAUGGGCGGUAUUUAUAGCCGAUACACCGCAAAAACAAAGAUUUAUAUCAGAAGAUGAAAGAGACUAUAUCGAAACGUCGUUACAUCACGAAAAAUCCGAUUCGAAAGACAAUACAAAAAUGAAAAUGCCGUGGAAAGCCGUUUUGACAUCGCCGGCGUUUUUAGCCAUCCUAAUAGCUCACACUUGCUCAAAUUGGGGUUGGUAUAUGGUACUGAUAGAACUACCCCUCUACAUGAAAAACGUAUUGAAUUUCAAAAUAUCCGAAAACGCCGUCUUAACUGCCGUCCCCUUUUUAUGCAUGUGGGUAUUUAGUAUGAUUCUAAGUAAAACGUUGGAUUCUCUACGGGGUAAAAAUAUCAUAAAUACAACCGUUGCUAGAAAAGUAGCGACCGGUUUUGCCAGUAUCGUCCCGAUGAUUUGCUUCAUCAUAUUGAGUUACUUGAAAUGUCAGAGGAUAGUAGCUGUAGUUCUAAUGACCAUAGCCGUCAUGUCCAUAGGAGGAAUGUUUUGCGGAUUCCUAUCCAACCACAUCGAUAUCGCCCCUAAUUUCGCCGGUACUCUUAUGGCUAUCACAAAUACAGUUGCUACCGUCCCGGGAAUAAUCGUACCGGUUUUCGUUGGUAAACUCACCGAAAACGACGAAUCGAUCCGAUCUUGGAGGAUAAUAUUUUGGACUACCGUAGCUCUUUACAUAGUCGAAAUUUUGGUAUACAUGAUUUUCGGUUCGGGAGAAGAACAAACUUGGAAUAAAGCGAACGAGAUGAUAGGAGAAACUCAACCGUUGAAAUCGAAAUUAGGUCAAGAAAAAAAUGAAGUGGAAGAAGAGAAAGUUUAAAUUUCAAUAUAAUUUUAAACUUUAUAUUAUCCAUGGAUUGUGUAGCAAGACUGAACAUUUAAAAAUUUGUCUUUAUUCUUUGAUUAUUUAUUAGAUUUCCAAUUUCAACUGGCUUGUAUAAAGAUAUUUAUACAGACUGAGGCUUUCGAUGUAUGUAUGUAUGUAUAUAAGGCUUAUAUUUUAUUUUAAUACUUGAAGGAUUUAUAUAAGCACGAACACUAACUAUUAGUUAUAACUCGCCCUGUAAGAAAAAUAAUAUUUAAUCAUGACUCGCCUUGUCAAAAGAUAUAUUAAUAUUUGCCUCACCUCAUGCAGAGGUAUUUAUUUAUGACACACCCAGUAGAGAGGAAAUUUAUUAAUAUUUACUUUUGACUCUGCAUGUAAAACCGUGGUAUUUUGAAAAAGUUGUUGAAAAACGUGCGUUUUUUUAAUUAACUAAAAGAAAAUUUCAUCCCUUAGAAGAAAUUGUUUCCACCCCUAAGGGAAGAAAAUGUUUCAGAAUAGGGUAAAUUUUGAAAAAAAAAUCGUUGUUUUUCAAAAUUCCACUACAUUUUAUGUGAAUGGACUGUUACCUCUCAGGAAAAAAUAAAUAUACAUUUUUUAAUAAUUUAUAUUUUAUUUUCUGAUGUAAAUUUACAUUUGGCAUAUAGUUUAUGUAUAAAUAAACAUUUCGCAGGAUGA